AUGCACGCCGAGCACGCGGCCGGCCAGCUCUAUCGAUUUCGGGCGGUCGCCUCGCUGCCGGAGCUGCGCGCGGCGGGCGAGCUGGGCGCGGCGCUGCACGGCCUGUGCGACCCGACGGCGCCGCUCUCGUUUGCUUGCGGCGGCGGAACGCCGCCAGCGCCGCCGGCGGACGGCGAGACGGAGAAGUACGUGCUGUGCUGCGGCGGCGGCGAGGAGGUUGAGAUGGUGGCGAUGCCGGCGCCGGGAGGGAGGUCGUGGUCGCUCUGUGUCUCGUCGCAGGUUGGGUGCCGGAUGGGGUGCUCCUUCUGCGAGACGGGGCGGAUGGGGCUGCUGCGCAACCUGUCCGCGGCUGAGAUCGUCGCGCUUGCGGCGCACGUGUUGGGGCUGCACGUGGCCAACGUGAUCUUCAUGGGCAUGGGCGAGCCGCUCGACAACGUGGACGCUGUCGUCCAGGCGAUUGCAUGCGUGCCGCCUCCGGCGAUCCGCGUGCUGGUCGACCCCGCGGGGCUCGCCGUGCCGGUGUCGCACGUGACUGUCUCGACGUCCGGCGAAGCGGAGCACGUCCACACGCUGCUGCAGGCGUUGCCCUCGGUCCGGCUUGCCUUUUCGCUGCACGCGCCAAACGACGCCCUCCGCUCGAGGCUCAUGCCGAUCAACCGCCGCGUCCCUCUCGCGCUGCUCGCCGAGGCGAUGAGGCACUGCAUCGCGGCGACGCGGCGGCGGGUGACGGUACAGUACGUGCUGCUCGCGGGGGUCAACGACCAUCCGGCGCACGCCAAGGAGCUCGCCUCCUUCCUCGCGGCCGUCGGCCCCGCCUCCCGGCUGCAUGUCAACUUGCUGCCGUACAACGCGCAGAGCGGCACGCCGCGCUACUCAGCGCCCUCCGCAGACGCGUGCAAGGCCUUCAAGGCGGAGCUGGUCGCAGCGCGGCUCUUCGUCAAGAUCCGGUGGACCAAGGGCGCGGACAAGAUGGCCGCUUGCGGCCAGCUGGGCAACCUCAACCUCCGCCGCGAGCUGCGACGGCGGCGGCUCGAGUACGCGGAGGCGGCGGGCGAAGGGGCGAGGGAUGCCACCGGCCUGCGAGCGCCGAGCAGAGACGGCGGGGCAGCGUGCGCGCAGCGCGAUACUCUGGUGUGGUGAGGCUAGAGUCGAUAUUACGAUGUAUGUAGAAA